AUGGAGGUCCUCAGAAAUGCGCUCCUGCCGAGGCGCAUUACGCAGAUCUACACAGACACCAAGAAAUUUUACGAACAAAUAGUCCAAAUACAAGUCACUAACCCGCAAGUCUCCUCAUUACAUCUCAAGCUGCGUAUUCAGAAGGAUAGACUGAAUGCAUGGGGAAUCGAAUGGGCUGAGAACAACGCCCAGCAGGGCGAUAUCGACGAUUCGCUGGAUCGGGCAGGCAUAAGCGAUCUAGUCGCUAGCAUCAUGACAUCCAUCAAGGAACUUCUCGAUGAUGCUGAAAAGAUUCAGCCAAGCUUUCGACCACCUGGAAGCCUCCCUGACCAGAAAGGUGGCUUCAUCUCUCAACCGAAUCGACAGUGGACAAGCGAAGACCUUGCCCGAUUGGAGGAUCUGGUCAAAGAUAUAACGACGUCCAUUGACACCCUUUGUGAUCUUUCGAGGUCUACGCAAGCUAUUCGGGAUGACUUUUUCACAGGUCAGAAGAAAAAGGAAGCUAUCGAAGCGAAGCGCAGAGACCAGUAA